AUGAGCAAUCGAUCCAUAGCCUGGUGGCUGACACAGAUUGGCCUGUCCCAGUACACAAAGACCCUGGAGGGGGAGUACUAUGGACUGGAGGAUGCGGAGGGAUUGCUGGAGCGGGAUGGGGACUUCCUGAUCCGAGACUCGCGCACCUGUUCCCGUGACUACGUGCUUACCUGUCGCUGGAGGGACGAGCCCAUGCACUUCAAGAUCAUCCGCAUUGUGCUGCGCCCCAAGAAGGGCUACUCCCGUGAGCUUUUCCAGUUCGAGGACGAUCAGUUCGACAACAUCCCGGCGCUGGUCCGAUUCCACGUGGGCGGCCGCAAGCCCAUCUCCCACACCUCCGGUGUCGUUAUCUUUCACCCAAUCACACGUACGCUGCCCUUACGUGUCAUCAGCGAGCGCCAGGCGGCAAAGUCGUCGCGUGACCACAGCAAGAGGCGGAGCCUAAGCUCCACGCACAUGGACAUGCUGCAGGUCAACAACAACCUGCUCAGUGUGUCUGUGCAUGUGUCGUUGUCCUUUAGGAGCGGGAGUCAGCCAGCAAACCUGGAGAACGUGGGCAGGCCCUCUUUACAGUCAGCGCAGUCUGACAGCAACCUGCGCACAGGUGUUCCAGCCAUCAACCGGUCUUCCACCUGUGGCCCCGCCCCCAUCUCCCCCGUGUUCCGCACGGGUAGCGAGCCCCUCCUCAGCCCCGCUCCACACGCCCCCCAGCGCGCCAGCCAAUCAGGCUCCCCGUCCUCCUCCUCCACCUCCCCUUCCUGCGGAGGCUCCACUCUCCGCGGCUCCGACGGCCAGCUGUAUUCCCGGGCGCCGCCCAAACCCUUACGCGUCUCCGCCCUCUUCCCCGGCUUCCCGCCUCUGCCCUCUCCCUCGUCGCCGCGGUCGCGACCCGACCCCUCGUGCUUCUACGACGAGCUGGUGCCGCACAUCCCGCCCUCCAUGCUGCCGGCGCGCGGCCACGCCGCCCGUCUCCGCGCCGAGGAGAAGUGGCAGAGCCGCGCCCGGCUCACCGAGACCAGCUUCGGCUUCCUGGAGUCGCCGCCGCUCUCGCCGCGAACGGACGGACAGGAAGUGGAGGAGGAGGACGGGGUGGGGACGGCGGCGGCGUUUGUGAGGCCGCAGGAGGAGACGGAGUCCAGCUUCAGGCUGGAGGAGUUCCGCUCGCUGCUGCUGCCCGAGGGGAACAAGCCUCUGGAGCAGGCCGUGCUCGUCAAGCUCAAGGAGCUGUUCUCAUGCAUGCCUGUGCGCAACACCGCACUGCACAUGCUCAGUGUGGACUGCCAGGUGGCUCGUAUCACCGGGGUAACGCCGGAGCAGAGGAGGAUGAUGGGAGUAGACUCAGGUCUGGAACUCAUCACACUACCACACGGGAGCCAGCUCAGACAAGACUUGCUGGAGAGGCAUCACCUGAUCUCGCUGGGCAUCGCCGUGGACCUGCUGGGCUGCACGGGGACGGUGGGGCAGCGGUCGACCGUCCUGCACAAGAUCAUCCAGCUGGGCGAGGAGCUGAGGAGCAACGCCAACGACCUCUACGCUUUCUCCGCCGUCAUGGCCGCCCUGGAGAUGCCACAGAUCACGCGAUUGGAGAUGACAUGGAGAUCCUUAAGGAGGAAUCACACAGAGAGUGCUGUGCUGUUUGAGAAGACGCACAAACCUUUCAUGAAGUCGCUGAACGAGGGCGAUGACUCGGUGGUCUCUGGUCCUGUGGCCGUGCCUCACAUAGUUCCGCUGCUGCGUCUGAUGGAGGGGGAGGAGUUUGAGGAGCACACUGACCCAGAGAGAGGCUGCCUCCUGCUCUACAGCACCCUACAGGCGGCCCGCACAGCAGCCCUGCAGGCAGCAGAGUACCAGCAGCACGCACACAGCCUGCUCUCAGAGCUCCGGGAGGCGUUCCGAACGGAGUUUGCUCUGCGUUUGUUCUGGGGUCAGUCCGGAGCCGAAGCGGACCGCCAGGAACGCUACGAGAAGUUCGACAAGAUCCUCACCGUUCUCUCCAGCAAGCUGGAACCACUCGAGGUCCCCACUGACACCCUGUGA